UGAGGUAACCAUUAAUCCUUCCCCUGGGGGAAUCCAGGGGCUGGUUCCUGGAUGGGGCAGAUCCUGGGGAGAAUGGAGGAGCACACAGAGGCAGGCUCGGCACCAGAGCUGGGGGCCCAGAAGGCCCUGAUUGACAAUCCUGCUGACAUCCUAGUCAUUGCUGCAUAUUUCCUGCUGGUCAUUGGCGUUGGCUUGUGGUCCAUGUGCAGAACCAACAGAGGCACUGUGGGCGGCUACUUCCUGGCAGGACGCAGCAUGGUGUGGUGGCCGGUUGGGGCCUCUCUCUUCGCCAGCAACAUCGGCAGUGGCCACUUUGUGGGCCUGGCAGGGACUGGCGCUGCAAGUGGCUUGGCUGUUGCUGGAUUCGAGUGGAAUGCGCUCUUCGUGGUGCUGCUACUGGGCUGGCUGUUUGCACCCGUGUACCUGACAGCGGGGGUCAUCACGAUGCCACAGUAUCUGCGCAAGCGCUUCGGCGGCCGCCGCAUCCGCCUCUACCUGUCUGUGCUCUCCCUUUUCCUGUACAUCUUCACCAAGAUCUCAGUGGACAUGUUCUCCGGAGCUGUAUUCAUCCAGCAGGCUCUGGGCUGGAACAUCUAUGCCUCCGUCAUCGCGCUUCUGGGCAUCACCAUGAUUUACACGGUGACAGGAGGGCUGGCCGCGCUGAUGUACACGGACACGGUACAGACCUUCGUCAUUCUGGGGGGCGCCUGCAUCCUCAUGGGUUACGCCUUCCACGAGGUGGGCGGGUAUUCGGGUCUCUUCGACAAAUACCUGGGAGCAGCGACUUCGCUGACGGUGUCCGAGGAUCCAGCCGUGGGAAACAUCUCCAGCUUCUGCUAUCGACCCCGGCCCGACUCCUACCACCUGCUCCGGCACCCCGUGACCGGGGAUCUGCCGUGGCCCGCGCUGCUCCUCGGACUCACAAUCGUCUCGGGCUGGUACUGGUGCAGCGACCAGGUCAUCGUGCAGCGCUGCCUGGCCGGGAAGAGCCUGACCCACAUCAAGGCGGGCUGCAUCCUGUGUGGGUACCUGAAGCUGACGCCCAUGUUUCUCAUGGUCAUGCCAGGCAUGAUCAGCCGCAUUCUGUACCCAGACGAGGUGGCGUGCGUGGUGCCUGAGGUGUGCAGGCGCGUGUGCGGCACGGAGGUGGGCUGCUCCAACAUCGCCUACCCGCGGCUCGUCGUGAAGCUCAUGCCCAACGGUCUGCGCGGACUCAUGCUGGCGGUCAUGCUGGCCGCGCUCAUGUCCUCGCUGGCCUCCAUCUUCAACAGCAGCAGCACGCUCUUCACCAUGGACAUCUACACGCGCCUGCGGCCACGCGCCGGCGACCGCGAGCUGCUGCUGGUGGGACGGCUCUGGGUGGUGUUCAUCGUGGUAGUGUCGGUGGCCUGGCUUCCCGUGGUGCAGGCGGCACAGGGCGGGCAGCUCUUCGAUUACAUCCAGGCAGUCUCUAGCUACCUGGCACCGCCCGUGUCCGCCGUCUUCGUGCUGGCGCUCUUCGUGCCGCGCGUUAAUGAGCAGGGCGCCUUCUGGGGACUCAUCGGGGGCCUGCUGAUGGGCCUGGCACGCCUGAUUCCCGAGUUCUCCUUCGGCUCGGGCAGCUGUGUGCAGCCCUCGGCGUGCCCAGCUUUCCUCUGCGGCGUGCACUACCUCUACUUCGCCAUUGUGCUGUUCUUCUGCUCUGGCCUCCUCACCCUCACGGUCUCCCUGUGCACCGCGCCCAUCCCCCGAAAGCACCUCCACCGCCUGGUCUUCAGUCUCCGGCACAGCAAGGAGGAACGGGAGGACCUGGAUGCUGAUGAGCAGCAAGGCUCCUCAUUCCCUGUACAGAAUGGGUGCCCAGAGAGUGCCAUGGAGACGAAUGGUAGGGCACCAUGCUGGGAGGUGGGGCUGGAGAAGCUGAGUUCCCGCAAACUAACUGCAGGGCCUCAAUUUCCCUCAGAGCCCCAGGCCCUGGCACCAAGCCUCUUCCGCCAGUGCCUGCUCUGGUUUUGUGGAAUGAGCAGAGGUGGGGUGGGCAGUCCUCCGCCCCUUACCCAGGAGGAGGCAGCGGCAGCAGCCAGGCGGCUGGAGGACAUCAGCGAGGACCCGAGCUGGGCCCGUGUGGUCAACCUCAAUGCCCUGCUCAUGAUGGCAGUGGCCGUGUUCCUCUGGGGCUUCUAUGCCUAAGACCAACUGCGUUGGACACCAUAAGCCACAGCCUCACAGGAAGUGGGGGUGAGGAGCCUGCGGUGCUCCCCAGAAAAGGGGAAGGGGCAGUGGGGUGAGAAGGUCCUGGCUCCCCUUCUCCCGGCCUUCCUCUGCCUGGGGCCCACUGCAUCUGAUUGGCAGUCACUUCCCAUGAGGGCCUGGCCCACCCACUGCAGUUGCCCUAAGGAAAAAUAAAGCUGCCUUUCCCCUGUC